AUGGUCCAAGCACCCAUGCUGAGCAGCCCGCUCAAGCAGACCACUGAAAUAGAUUGGAUCGAGCCACUGAAGAUAUACAUCCGUCACAACUAUGGCGAUGAUCCGGAGAAAUAUGCAGAAGAAUGUCAGACUCUCAAUCGAUUGCGACAAGAUAUGCGUGGUGCUGGCGCUGACAGUGCUUCUGGUCGCGAUCUGCUCUACAGAUAUUACGGCCAACUUGAGCUGCUGGAUCUGAGGUUUCCAGUCGAUGAGAACCAUAUCAAGAUCUCAUUUACAUGGUACGAUGCCUUUACCCACAAACCGACGUCACAAUAUUCCCUGGCCUUCGAAAAGGCUUCGGUCAUCUUCAACAUCUCAGCUGUACUGUCCUGCCAUGCUGCUACUCAGAAUCGCGCCGAAGACAAUGGACUUAAGACGGCAUAUCACUCUUUCCAGGCCUCUGCAGGCAUGUUCACGUACAUUAACGAGAACUUUUUGCAUGCACCCUCGACCGACCUCAAUCGAGACACAGUGAAGACCUUGAUCCACCUGACUCUGGCACAAGCUCAAGAGAUCUUCCUUGAGAAGCAGACAAGAGAUGGAAAGAAACCUGGUCUUUUGGCUAAGUUGGCUGCGCAGGCGCAUUUCCUCUAUGGACAAGCAAAAGAAGGACUAGAAACAGAGUCGUUGAAAGGUGUAUUCGAUCCCAGUUGGCUCAAAUACGUCCAGGUCAAGGGACCAUACCUUACAGCAGUGGCUGAAUACAACCAGGCAUUGGCAGAUGAUGAGGCUGGGCAGUAUGGCAUAGCAAUUGCACGGCUAGAAUUGGCAGACAAGGCGGCGAAGACGGCUUACAAUGGUGCCAAGACCUUUCCAUCAAAACCGCAGCCAACCUCGAACCUGGGCAACGAUACUGCCUCUGCUCUCCAAACUAUCACAAAGCGACAGACUGAGGUCGUGGCAGAGAAGUUGACUUCUUUGACCAGAGACAAUGACCUGAUCUAUCAUCAAACCGUUCCUGGUGAGGCAUCCGUUCAACCUGUGUCCAAGUUACCUGCUGCGAAGGCCAUCCCUGUAUCCGAACUCUACCAGGGUCAGGACAUCCAGCGCAUCAUUGGUCCAGAUAUCUUCCAGAAGAUUGUACCCAUGUCAGUCACCGAAUCUGCCAGCAUGUACGACGAAGAGAAAGCCAAGUUGAUCAGGUCGGAAGCAGAAAAGGUUGAGCAAGCGAAUGGCGAAAUGGCCGCGAGUUUGGACUACCUCAAAUUACCUCAGAGCUUGAACGUGCUGAAAGGUGGCGCCGAAGCCGAAAUUGUGUCUGAUCCAGAAUUUGAGCGCUGGUGUUCGGAGAUGACCAAUCACGAAUCAUUUGGUCGAGCUUUCGAACAACUGACACGAGACAAGGCGUCUGUACUGGAAAGUCUGGCAAAGAGCACCAAGUCACUCGAUAUGGAAGAGAGUGUUUGUGAAAAGAUGCGCUCGAAGUAUGGUGGAGAUUGGACACAACAGCCGAGCUCAAGACUGACCUCAACCUUGAGAACCGACAUCAAGAGUUACAAAGACACUGUGGAUCAGGCUUCAAACAGCGAUGCGCAAUUGUUGACGACGGCUCGACAAUUCGAAGCUGACUUUGACGAGAUGAGGAGGGCAGGUGAAAAUGAAGAGGCGGAUGUGCUUUAUCAACAAGCCAUGAUCAAAGCUGGAGCUGGAACUGGUAGGCGAAACACAGGCGAAAACUUGCUGGAUGAAGAUUAUGGCGAAGGUGGACCAUCAAUUGCUGACCAGGUCGAACAUGUUGAGGAAUUACUGCGAAAGCUCAAUCUAGUCAAACGAGAGCGAUCGCAGGUUCUGAAGGACUUGAAGGACAAAGUGCAUAACGACGACAUCUCAAACGUGCUUAUACUCAACAAGAAGCAGAUUGCGAACCACGAGAAUCAGCUCUUCCAGGCCGAGCUCGAAAAGUUCAGGUCACAUCAAAACCGACUCAUAUCGACGGUCCACAAACAACAAUCACUUUUGAAGGAGUUGACUCGAUCAUUUGGGGAUCUAUUGCAGGACAAACGAGUUCGUACCGAUCAGCAGAAAUUCGAAAACAUGCAGAAAAGCAAGGCGCAGGUCAAGAACAAAUACAAAAAGGUAUUCACAGCACACGAAGACAUGGUUCAGGGCUUGAUGAGAGCCCAAGCUUUCUACAGUGAGAUGAAAGAUAGUGUCGACAGCCUGGCAAAGAAUGUGGAAGCGUUUGUCAAUAAUCGAAGAGCAGAAGGUGCACAGCUAUUACAACAAAUUGAGCAGAACAAGUCUAAUGCUGCAAGUGGUCAAGCUGUUGCCGAACAAGAGCGGCUGCAGAAAUUGAUGGAGAGAAUGUCGAUGGAGCCAUCAAAAACACCGACGAGCCCGCAAGGGCAUCGGCCUGCGCCACUUGCGCCACAGUUCAGUUACAACCAAGAUCAACCGCCUUUGCGCUCGCCAGGACAUUCGGGAGCGAAUGCAGAUCCAAGGUUUACAAUACCGCCACGUGAGAAUCCUGUGCCGGUCAUUCCAAAUGGCUAUCAGAGUCAUCCCUCGAGUCACACUCCCCAACCACCAGCCCCACAUUCAGUCAUGUCUCCAAUGAAUCCACAGUCACAUCCUGCAUUCACCCAAUCAGCAACACCAGUACCGACGAGUCAAAGUUAUAAUCCAAUGGCUUACCCCGAGAGGAAUAGCUCCAUGGCUCAACAACCACAAUCGCAGCACUAUGCCUACGCUCAGCAACCACAACAAGGACAGUCCCAAUAUCAAUACCAUCAACCGCAAGCACAAUCAUUGCCUCAAAGACCGCCUCAGCCCCAGUUGUCGACUGGACAGCCUUAUUUCCAACAAAGUCAUACUCCGCAUCCACAAUCUGUACAAUCACCACCUCCACUAAACUUCACAUCUCCAUCUCAGCAAUAUCCAAGUUUUGCCUUCCCGCAGAUGACAUCUCCACAAAACCAAUACCCACCUGGUCAGCAACAGCAGUGGCUAGGCUAUGGUGGUGUACCGCAAAACUAUGUUCCGCCACCACCUCCACCAGGCCCUCCUGGCGGUGGCUCAUCAACACAGUAUUCUCAAAAUACGUGGUCCAAUGCUAGUGGGCCCGGUGGUUAUGCAAACUACCAGCAUCGGUCGCAGGGACAAGGGCAAGUUCAGCAGCCACAGAUACAACCUCAGCCUGGUGGAAACAAUGCAUCAGGAUCAGGUGACCCUUGGGCUGGGUUGAACCAGUGGAAAUGA